GAUACAUUAUAUCUGCAGUGUAACAAAGCUGACUCAGUGUAAGCAAAAUAUGUUCUAAUGGUCAGAGUAAAUGAGCUGUGUUUCUCUGAUGAGAGGAGGUGUGGAAGUCAGAGGGGAGGAACUUGUCAUCAGAUUCCCUGGCAACCUGUGUGGACUCUGGAAACCUGGACUACAAUGGCAGUCAACCUGAGCAAGAACGGUUCAGCUCUGAUGGCCGCCUAUAAGAAGGUGGUGGAUGCCAAAUCAGACACGGACUGGGCUCUGUUUACCUAUGAAGGCAACAGUAACGACCUUCGACUGGCAGAGACAGGAGGUGGAGGGUUGGAGUUGUUGGUGGAGGAGCUGAACAGUGGGAAGGUCAUGUAUGCCUUCUGUCGAGUCCCAGAUCCUAACUCUGGCCUGCCUAAAUAUGUCCUUAUAAACUGGACUGGUGAAGGGGUGAAGGACUCUCGUAAAGGAAUGUGUGCCAACCAUCUCAGCGCCAUAGCAAAUUUUUUGAAGGGAGCUCACGUUACCAUAAACGCUCGCACAGAGGAGGACGUGGAACCAGAGACCAUUUUGACUAAAGUUGCAAAAGCCUCCGGAGCCAAUUAUAACUUUCACAAACAGCAAAAUUACAUCGACGCACCAAGAGGACCAGUGGGUUCUGUGUACAGAAAAGUCAAUGCUGUGGAGGAAAUCCAGCAAACCAACAAGGAUAACUUCUGGGACCAGGCUCAGCGGGAUGAGGAGCUACGUCGAAAGGAGGAGAGAAAGAGAGCGGAGCAGGAGAGGCAGAAUGCGAAGAGGGAAAUGAGGGAGUUGGAUGAGAAACAGGCAAAAGAGAGGGAGAGAAGAACGAAGGACAGAGCUCAUCAGAUUGAACUAGAGAGGAGCCUUCAGAAAAGAAGAGAUGAAGAGGAACGAGAAAGUGAGCAACAGCGACUGAAUGAGCAGGAAAAUUCGAAGAAGGUAACAGGAAUCAAUGCUGCAGCAUCUGUGCAGAAAGCUAAUGAGGCAAAGUCUCUGAUUUCUCAGAGAGCGUUCAAUCCCAGAGACAUCUUCAAGCAGAGGGAGCAGAGCUUUGAGGCCAACACACCGUCUCCUGUUACAUCCAGACCAGGGAAGCUCCAAAGUACAUUUUUGUCUCAGAAAUUGUUUGAGCCUGAAGAAGCAGUGAAGCCUCAGAGUCCUCCGCCGGACGUCCACUACCCAGUGACCAACCGCUUCUCCUCAGCCACACCUGAACUGCCUUCAUUUCCUGCUGCAGCUUUCUCGCCCACCCUCCAAGAGACGGUGACUUCACAUGAGCAGCCUGCAGAGGACGGUUCCACUGAGGAGGCAGAGUGGUCAGAUGAGUUUGAUGAUGAUGCAGAUGAAAUGACUCCAGCUGAAAGUCCAGUUCAGCAGGAUCUGUACCAGAGUCCAGAUCCAGUUGGCACUGCUGACAAUCUGUAUGAGAAUAUUUACCAGGAUCAGACAGAGUCUCAGGACUAUAAUAAUCCAGGUGAUGGAGAACAGCAGCGGUACAAGGCCAGGGCUUUGUAUGACUACCAGGCUGCUGAUGACACUGAGAUCACCUUUGACCCAGAUGACAUCAUAACAGAGAUAGAGAUGCUGGAUGAAGGCUGGUGGAGAGGCUUUGGACCUGAUGGGAACUACGGCCUGUUCCCUGCAAACUAUGUGGAGCUCCUUAAUGACUAAACCGUGGCAGUCAUGAUAUGAAAAUGGAUUAUUAACUUUUUCAUGUCUUUGUUUACCACCCGCUUGGAAAAUAAAUGAAUAAAAUGUUACCAAUCUUCA